AUGUUUGCUGCCAUGAUUCAGAUAUUGAAUAACGUUGUAACUCCAGUUGACCAUGUCUCGACGUGCAAAACGCCCAUUUGUGAAAACGUGAAGGCGCGUCGUGGUUUGUCACGUGCGACACACGCUCCCGUCAUUGUGCAGCGUGCAUUGAACAUGUUCCCUUCAAUUCGGAAAUUCUCCCACUUCAGAAAAGGCCAAGUUGCAUCGAUCGCGCUACCCUCGUCUCCAGGCACUCCACCCAAGCUACUACUGAACUUCGACGACGCCAAGAGCCCACGCGCUGCACGCGCCGCACGCGCCAUGGCCGAUUCCGAUUACUCCUUCGAAGGUGAUGGCUCCGAAGACGAGUAUGUUGCCAGCAGAAGCAAGGGCACUGGCUCAGGUACGCGCGCACAGUCGACGAGUAGCAAGAGACGGAAGAAGGACGAGCCGGAGAAGGCAGCACCACGGCGUCAGGCAUGGGAGACAGAAUACUCGCGGACAGUAGAGAAGACCGUACAGCCCGUCAACAAUGGCAUAGUUGGGCAGAGCGUACAGGAGCGCGAGGAGGAGCGCAAGCGCAAGCGAUUACGGAAAGACACGAAGCCCUUUCAACGAGGCAUCAUCCGUCACGUUGUCCUGGUACUUGACCUGUCAGAGGCUAUGAUGGAAAAGGAUAUGCGGCCGAAUCGCUUCUUUGCUAUGAUCAACUACACACAAGACUAUGUUCGCGAGUUUUUUGAGCAAAACCCCAUCUCGCAGAUGAGCGUGCUCGGUAUGCACGAUGGGGUCUGCAUACGCGUUUCGGAGCUCUCAGGUAACCCAGCAGAGCACGUCGCCGCUAUUGCCUCAUUACGAAGUAAAGAAGACGGCAAAGAGCCAAAGGGCGCGCCCAGUCUACAGAAUGCGUUGGAAUUAGCAAGAGCAACAUUAUACCACACCCCACCCCAUGGCACACGAGAAGUCAUUAUCGUAUUCGGCAGCCUACUCAGUCUGGAUCCAGGCGACAUCCACACCACCGUCAAAGCCUGCGUCCGCGAUCGCAUACGUGUGAGCAUCAUCGGCAUGGGCGCACGCCUCAAAAUCUGCACCGAAAUCGUUACCCGCACAAACGCCGGCGACACGAGCGAAUACACCGUCGCGAUUGACCAAGAAGCGCUCAAAGAGCUCCUCCUCGCCACCACCACACCCCCCGUCGUCCGCGAAACCAAGCAGUCCGGCACCGAGCCGCCGCCCGAAUCGGCCGCUGCCCUCAUGCGCAUGGGAUUCCCGUCCCGCGUCAUUGAAGACCAAUUGACCAUGUGUGCGUGCCAUGGGAAUCUGACGCUGGGAGGCUACACCUGCUCGCGCUGUAGCGCCAAAGUCUGCUCCUUGCCCAUCACCUGCCCGAGCUGUCAACUCACUCUCCUCCUCUCCACCCAUCUGGCUCGAAGCUACCACCACCUGUUCCCCCUGCGCAACUGGGCCACCGUCAGCUGGGCGCGUGCCCGCGAAGUCGGAAGUACACAGUGCACAGGUUGUCUUGCAGCAUUCAGCAAACCACCCCCCAAGGACAACAACAGGCACGUAGUAGAAGAUGAAGAUGAAGACGACGACGCAACGCAGCCACGAAAGCACGCCGCGUCCACAACCCAAGACGACGCGCUAGACGGCGAGGACCAGAGGGCCAGUCCGUCCGGCCGCUAUGAAUGCCAGGCUUGCAACUCCCAUUUCUGUAUCGAUUGCGAUGUCUUUGCGCAUAUGGUGCUGCAUAAUUGUCCCGGAUGCUUGAGUCGCUUGGAUCUGGGGGCUGGUGGGAGUGGGAGUGGGAGUGAGCAGGCAAAUGGGGGUGUGAAUGGGGCUGCGAAUAGCAAUGGCGAUGUCGAGAUGAGUGGGUAG